GAGGUCUGAGGACGCUCAAACCAUAAAGAUAACAAAAAGAAUUUGUCACCUUCAGAUAUCUGCGUAAUUUCUAGAUCAGGGUUUUUCACUUUUCGCAUUCAAGCGUCAAAGACUGGUAACUUCUUCGACUGUUCUUCAAAUUCUCACAAUUUUUUUUUUUUGUCUUUGCCAUUUUUUUGUCAAAUCUUAUUUUGUACGUCUCUCUAGGUUGUUGUAUUCGAUUCAGUAAUAUCUAUCAAUCAAAAAUGAACCUUUUCAACAGUAUAUCAUUUAGCUGAGUUAUAAUCUGAAUCUAUUCUAUUCCCUUCCAUAUAUGUCUGGUUGACAAGAAACUUGAUGCUUUAUCUACUCUGUUGCUUGAUUCACUUGCCCAAGUAAAGUUUCCAACAAAUUUAUCUUGGACCCUUUUGUUGGUUUAUUAUGAUACUCACAAAUUCUUACUAAUUUGUUGCUUGAUAUUAGGGUUUACACAAACUUUCUUUGCUUGUCUUGUUUUUGGGUAGUUUUGGUUGUGUUAGUGGAGUUUUUGGCUUAUUGGGUUGUUUUUCUUGUUUCUCCUAUGUUUGAACUUUGUGUAAGAAACAAGAUUUUGGGUCUGAUAGGGUUGGGUUAGAUAGGUAGUGAAUUUAUGGUGUCAAGAUCAUACUCAAACCUUUUAGAGCUGGCCUCAGGCGAGAAUUCAUCGCCGUCUUUUGGUCGCAUGACCCAGAGAAUUCCACGUAUUAUGACCGUCCCCGGAAUAAUGUCCGAUAUUGAUGAUGACCCAUCAGAGAGUGUGUGCUCUGAUCCAUCCUCAUCCGUGCAACGGUACCGGAUAAUAAUCGUGGCUAAUCAGCUACCCAUAAUGGCGCAGCGGAAAACAGACAAUAGCAAGGGGUGGAUUUUUAGUUGGGAUGAGAAUUCACUUCUUCUCCAGUUGAAAGAUGGGUUGGGUGAUGAUGAGAUUGAGGUUAUAUAUGUGGGUUGUCUCAAGGAAGAAAUUCACCCAAAUGAGCAAGAUGAGGUCUCACAAAUACUUCUUGAGUCAUAUAAGUGUGUGGCCACGUUUUUACCACCUGAUCUGUUUACUAGAUACUACCACGGCUUUUGUAAGCAACAGUUAUGGCCACUAUUCCACUACAUGUUGCCCCUGUCGCCGGAUCUCGGUGGUAGGUUCAACCGUUCCCUGUGGCAGGCUUAUGUGUCUGUUAAUAAGAUUUUUGCCGAUAGGAUCAUGGAAGUGAUUAACCCAGAAGAUGAUUUUGUGUGGGUUCAUGAUUAUCAUCUGAUGGUAUUACCCACCUUCUUGAGGAAGAGGUUCAAUAGAGUGAAACUUGGGUUUUUUCUCCAUAGUCCAUUUCCUUCAUCGGAGAUUUAUAAGACUUUGCCCAUCAGGGAAGAGCUUCUAAGAGCUCUGUUGAAUUCUGAUUUGAUUGGGUUCCAUACUUUUGACUAUGCCCGUCAUUUCCUCUCGUGUUGUAGUCGGAUGCUUGGUUUGUCGUAUGAAUCCAAGCGGGGCUAUAUAGGCCUUGAAUAUUAUGGCCGGACAGUUAGUAUCAAAAUUCUUCCCGUUGGUAUCCAUAUGGCCCAGCUCGAAUCAGCGUUGGGCUUUCCAGGGACUCAGGCAAAGGUUGCUGAGCUCAUGAAACAGUUUUCUGAUCAGGGUAAGACAAUGUUGCUGGGGGUUGAUGAUAUGGACAUAUUUAAGGGGAUUAGCUUGAAGUUAUUGGCCAUGGAACAGUUGCUUGUGCAGCAUCCGGAGAAGCAAGGGAAAGUAGUUUUAGUGCAGAUAGCCAAUCCAGCUAGAGGCCGUGGAAAAGAUGUGGAAGAAGUACAGUCUGAGACUUAUUCAACUGUGACACGAAUUAAUGAGACAUUUGGGAAACCAGGGUACGAACCAGUUAUCUUGAUUGAUGAGCCCCUAAAAUUUUAUGAAAGAAUUGCUUAUUAUGUUGUUGCUGAGUGUUGUUUGGUUACGGCAGUUAGGGAUGGGAUGAAUCUUAUACCAUAUGAAUAUAUAAUCAGCCGCCAAGGAAAUGAGAAACUGGAUAAGGUUUUGGGACUGGAACCGUCCACUCCAAAGAAGAGCAUGCUGGUUCUAUCUGAGUUUAUUGGAUGUUCCCCAUCUCUAAGUGGAGCAAUUCGAGUGAAUCCAUGGAAUAUUGAUGCGGUUGCAGAAGCAAUGGACUGUGCUAUUGCGAUGGCUGAGCCGGAGAAACAAAUGAGGCAUGAGAAGCAUUAUAAGUAUGUCAGCACCCAUGAUGUUGGAUAUUGGGCUCGGAGUUUCUUACAAGAUUUGGAGAGGACAUGUAAGGAUCAUGUGCACUGUAGGUGCUGGGGUAUUGGAUUUGGGUUAAGUUUCAGGGUUGUUGCUCUUGAUCCAAAUUUCAGGAAGCUUUUAAUGGAACAUAUAGUUUCAGCUUACAAACGGACUACAACCAGAGCAAUCCUUCUAGAUUAUGAUGGUACUUUAAUGCCUCAGGGGCAAAUAAAUAAGAGCCCAAGCUCUAAAACUAUUGAAAUCCUGAACAGUUUGUGCAGAGACAAGAACAAUACGGUUUUCAUCGUCAGUGCAAGAAGCCGAGGCACAUUAGGGGAAUGGUUUUCUUCUAGCGAAAAGCUUGGAAUUGCAGCUGAGCAUGGCUAUUUCUUGAGAAUGAAGCGAGAUGCGGAAUGGGAAACAUGUGUACCGCAAGUAGAAUGCAGUUGGAAGCAGAUUGCAGAGCCUGUUAUGAAGCUUUACACAGAGACAACUGAUGGGUCUACAAUUGAAGACAAAGAAACUGCAAUGGUCUGGUGUUAUGAGGAUGCAGAUCCUGAUUUUGGAUCUUGCCAAGCUAAGGAACUUCUUGAUCAUCUUGAAAGUGUGCUUGCCAAUGAGCCCGUCACAGUCAAGAGUGGACAGAAUAUUGUGGAAGUUAAGCCUCAGGGUGUAAGCAAGGGUCUCGUGGCCAAGCGCCUACUUUCUACCUUGCAUGAGAGAGGAAUAUCCGCAGAGUUUGUUCUUUGUAUUGGAGAUGACCGGUCAGAUGAAGACAUGUUCGAGGUGAUUACUAGUUCCUUAGAUGGCCCAUCCAUAGCUCCAAGUGCAGAAGUGUUUGCAUGCACCGUUGGCAAAAAGCCCAGUAAGGCCAAGUAUUAUCUUGAUGAUCCAGUUGAAAUUGUUAGAUUGAUGCAGGGAUUGGCAUCAGUUUCAGAGAACACGUCACUUUUAUAGGCUUUGCAAAACUAUUUAACGAAAAAAAGGUGCACUCUAUUAUGUAGGGAUCUCAAAAGUCUUGUCCUUUCCGUUUGUUUAUUACCUUAAAAGUUGUAAAUUUGUAGACUGAGAGAAGCUGCACAACCAGGUACUUUUUUCCAUUGUUUGAUCUCUAUUUAGUAAUGCUGUAUAUAAUGUGUUCUUGCUAUUCUGUGUGAUCUUGUUCUUUUCUUGCAUGUGGUUGGUAAUUGGCUCUCAUUACACGAAACAGUACUUACUCCAUAUUUCUGUUCUGCAAGACGGCAAUAUUGUCUUUAGAUGGUAAGGAUGUCCAGUCUUGGUUAAUGGUGCAUCACACGGACAGAAUUGUUGAACAAGACAGACAGGCCAGCUUCUGUAUCAACUCAUCAGUUGAUCAAAGUUCGUAGAGCAUCGGGAUGUCGGGCAACUCACUAUCUUGUUGCUCAAUAUUGCAGUGUGUCAUGGGAUAUCAUUGUGGAAAUUGAAGUUUUGUUUUGUCGUCGGAUGUGCAUUUUCCUUCUAUUUUUAGACAUAGAUUGAACUACACAAAGAAAGAAUUGAAAGGAGUGUAUUGCCUCUGGCCACUGAACUGAAACGUUGGGUUCGUUCGUUUGCUUGGUGAAGCUGUUUUUUUUUAUAGUUAUUAUUUUUCAGUGUUGUAGGAUUCCUGAACAUGUUAUGGCAUAUUCUUACUCGUGUUUGGUUUAUUUCAUUUCUCUUAUUUCGAUGAUUUGAAGGAAU